UCACCUCCUGACACCAUGUGUUGCAACUACUACAGAAACUCCUAUGGGGGCUGUGGAUACAGCUCUGGCUGGGGUUCUGGCUGUGGAUAUGGUUGUGGCUCUGGCUAUGGCUGUGGGUAUGGCUCUGGCUGUGGCUAUGGCUGUGGAUAUGGCUCUGGAUAUGGAACAGGCUGUGGCUAUGGCUGUGGAUACAGCUCUGGCUGUGGAUAUGACUGUGGAUACGGCUCUGGAUAUGGAUUAAACUCUCACUAUGGCUGUGGAUACAGCUCUGGCUGCUGUGGCUACCGACCAUUUUGCUACAGAAGAUGCUAUUCCUCUUGCUGCUAAUCAUCAUUACAGAUCAUCCUUACCUUUGCAGUGACCAUUCCAAGAGCAAGUUCAAUUUAAAUUUUCCCUAUCCACUAUCUUGACAUAUAAGUAAAGAUUGACUGUGGUCCAUUGACCAUCUGAAUGCAUAGAAGAGAAGCUGCAGUCGAUGGAGACUGAGUAGUUACAUCACAUCACUGAAGAGAGGAGAUCUAUUCUGAUUAAUUUUCAAAUGUAAAUUCAGACAUCUUUUUUCCAUCUUUCUGCCAUGACUAUUUGCAGAAGCACAAGAGGACUGUAUAAUUGGAAUGUACUAAAAUGGAACAAAAAUAGAAUUUUCUUAA